AUGCCAGACCACACUCGAAGGAAGAAACACAGAGCUCGGUCAGGUUUGAUGUACUGGUGGACAAGCAUGAUUAUUUUUUGCAUGCUCCAAAGGGCAGAUGCGGGGAAUUCCCCGCCAAUCUGCAACCAAGAGCUCUACGUGUUCAACAUCCCAGAGAACGAGGCGGCCGGGACUCUGGUGGUGGACCUGGGCGCUGAGUGCCGUGACCCCCUGGACGGUGAUGUCUUGACCUUUAGCAUCCAAACGGCCAACAUAGGCAACCAGUUUACUAUCGGCACCAACACAGGCAGGAUAACCACCAGCUUCUCUCCGAAUGCGGAGGCUUUACUGGGGAAUGGGUUGAAUUACAUCAGCCCCUAUCCUAUGAACAUUUUCGUCCAAGACACUGACGACGAGACGUUCGUGGUGUCCGUGGUGGUCCACAUCACCUCUGUGAACGACGAGACGCCGGUGAUUAGCGGACUGCCCAGCUCACUGACCGUGGCAGAAGACACACCUGUAGGGACGGUGCUGGACACUUGCACCCUGUCGGACGCCGACUACCCUGGAUUUGAUCACUCGCAGACGGAAGUAGAGAUCUCCAGUGGUAACGAGGAUGGCAAAUUUGUCGUCGAUUACCGUACCUGUGACCUUGUGCUGGUCUCCCCACUGGACUACGAGAACACCCAACAGUACACCUUGACCUUGAGAGUGUAUGACCUUGACCCCAUAAAUCCUCUUUCAUCGACCUUUGAUCUGACUAUUGACGUCACAGAUGUCAACGACAACGACCCGACAUGCUCCUCCUACAACCACCGUGAGGCUCUGAUUGAGGACUCACUGGCCGGUGAAGUAGUCCACACAGUCACAUGCAAUGACCUAGACACAGGACUGGGCGGCACCUUGACUUAUACAAUUACUGCAGGUGACAGUGACAGGCUUGAGAUCAAAGACAAUACUGUUGGUGACAUCUCUCUGGUGACCAGCCUCGAUUAUGAGGCUGGUGACCGCUUCCUAGAGGUAGAGGUCACAGUCUCUGACUCUACUGCUCCCACCUUCAGCACAACGGUCACACUUGCUUUUGUCGUCAAGGAUGCGGACGACAAUCCACCGCAGUUUUCUGCAGCGACCUACACAAACAAUGUAUUGGAACACGCAGCCAUUGGCUUAGUUGUGGUCAACCUGGUGACUUCUGACCUUGACGAAGCUGGCACAGACCUAGCCACGCCCACUUAUGGUUUUGAAGGCGCUUGUAACCCUAACGAUGACUGGUUCCGAGUUGAUGCUCAUACAGGGAACGACAUUUACCUCUUCCUCAGCACCAAAGCGUAG